AUGGUCCUUGCCACCUGAGUCAUUUAUUGUGGUGCUUGAAGCUACAAAUCCAAGUACCUGCAGCACAAGAAGUUAGAAGAUGAGCUCCCCAGAAGCCUGGACAUCUGCAGCAAGGGGACUCUGCAGGCCACUGGCUUUGAAGUGAUGGUAGCAGGGAAGUUGUUUCACUCCCAGAAGGGAGGUGAUGGCUACACGGACAUGGAGAGUAAGUUUCCGAAGUUGGUGGGUGCGAUCAGAGCCGCCUUGGCUCAAGGCUAA